AUGCUCCAAAUCAAAGAGAAGCUUGAGAAUCCCUUGAAGCUAUUUGAGGAAGUUCGAGUUUGGUUCGAGGAGGCAAAAUCUCGACCAACCAUUAUAAGGGAGAUGACAAAAAUUGAUCUUCCAAAGCCAAAUGAGUUCGAGGGCGUGAGGGACGCUCGAGAGGUGGAUAACUUCCUAUGGCAAAUAAAGAGGUACUUUGAAGACCAAGGGGAAGCAAUAAAGGAGAAAGUGCGCAAAUAUCGAAAAGAGUACUUGCAACAUAGCCACAAUGGAAGAUUUCAAAGAGAGUUGAAAAGACAAUUCUUCCCUGAGAAUGUGGUCUAUGAAGCAAGAAAAAAGUUGAGGGAGUUGAAGCAUAAGAAUACGAUUAGCGACUACGUAAGGGAGUUCACUACUCUUACGCUUCAAAUCCUCAACUUAGCAUCAGAAGAUGCAUUGUUCUUCUUCAUUGAUGGACUCCAACCUUGGGCAAAGCAAGAACUACAAAGAAGGAAUAUUAAGGAUGUCGAUGAGGCCAUUGUGGUGGCCGAAUCACUCACUGAGUAUCAUUGGGAAGACUCUAAACCCAAGUCUUCUUCCAAGCCUAGUUCUACUAAAUGUGGGGAAGACAAGGGGAAGAGUUUCUCAACCAAGAAGGAAGGAAAAUACUCUUCAAAGAAAGAGUACGAGGAAAAGAAGAAAGAUUUCGUACCCAAAGGAGGAUGCUUCGUGUGCAAGGGACCAUACCAAAUAAAGGAUUGUCCCAAGUUGGGAACUCUGGCAUCUAUCGCCGAGGAACGAGAGGCUCAAUCUCAAAUAACUGAGUGUGUUGGAUCUAUCCAACUCAUGAAUGUUGUGAAGGGCAAAGUGGCAAGCACUGUAGAAAAGAAAUGCUUGAUGUAUGUCAAAGCCUUUAUCAAUAAAAAACCCGUCAUGGCUAUGAUUGACACUGGUGCUACACACAACUUCAUCACACUCGAUGAAGCAAAGAGGCUUGGGUUAAAGAUCAUCGAAAAGAAUGGCAGGUUCAAACCUGUGAAUACCAAAGUUGAACCCCUUAAGGGAGUACCAAAAGGGGUUGAGAUGACUCUUGGUUCUUGGAAGGGCUUUGUGGAUUUCUCAGUAGCACUCAUGGAUGAUUUUAAAAUACUCAUCGAGCUCGAUUUAAAAAGGAAGGAAAAUAUAAUGCCUAUGCCAUACUACGACAUAGUAUGUGUCACGGAGAAAUGGUCUGCAUGCAUGGUCCCUACAAUCUCUAAAGCUGGAAGACUACCAAUGCUUUCUGUUAUGCAACUCAAGAAAGGGUUCAAGAAGGGAGAGAUUACAUAUUUGACUAUAUUACAAGAGGAGUCAACAUCUGAAAGAGAAGAAAUUCCUCCUGAAAUCAAGGAAGUCCUUGAAGAAAAUAAGGAUGUGGUGCCUCUCGAGUUGCCAAAACAACUACCACCUAGGAGGAAGGUGGACCACAAGAUUGAAUUAGAGUCAAGAAUAAAGCCGUCUGCCUCAGCAUCUUAUAGGAUGGCACCGCCAGAACUUGAGGAGUUGAAGAAGCAACUCAAGGAUUUGCUCGGUGCUGGAUUCAUCCAUCCGUCGAAGGCACCUUAUGGGGAACCAAUAUUAUUCCAAAAGAAGCAUGAUGGUUCGUUGAAGCUAUACAUCGACUAUCAAGCAUUUAACAAGGUAAAGGCUAUCAAAGAAUGGGAGCUGCCAAACAAGGUAUCUGAAUUGAGGUCAUUCCUUGGGUUGGCUAAUUACUAUCGGAGGUUUAUCAAGGGAUACUCUGCCAAGGCUGCAUCAUUAACUGAUCUUCUCAAGAAGAAUCACUCUUGA